AUGUCAAGGCCUAUUAAGAAAUCGGCCUUUGCCAAAUUUCACUUGCAAGUUGCUGCUAGGCGGCUCUGUCCCUGCGGCGGCGCGAGGCCUGCCGGGGGCCCCGAAGCCUUCGGCAGCAGCAGCAGCAGCAGCAGCAGCGGAAGCAGCAGCAGUAAUGGCCGCAGCAGCAGCACCGGCAGCCGGGGCCAGCAGGCAGCAAUGCUUUGCGGCUCGUCGAGCCUGAGGCGCUCCCGCGGCAUUUUUGAAACUGUAGACCAACUCCACUGGCCAGCCACUCGAAGUGGACCACUGGUCACUUUUGGGGCCUUUUAUUCUCCCACUUCGGCACUGCAUGCACAGACUCGCCACGCGCAUCUUGCUGCUGCUGCUGCUGCAGCAGCAGCAGCCGCAGAAAGCUCAGAGGCGCCGCAGACGAGAGAAGAUUUGAAACUGGAAGCAGCUGAUCCGACUGCGACUGAAGAGCCCCAGGGUCUACCCGCUGUCCCUGCUGCUGCUGCUGCCGCUGCUGCUGCUGCAUGCAACAGCAGCAGCAGCAGCCGCAUCGUGCUGCGGCCAGCCAGCGCUACCCCCGGGGGCCUCGAGAGACGGCGGGCCAUUCGUCUGGGCCAUCCGUGGAUUUAUGACUUUGAGAUAGAAAACAUAAAAGACUUCAAGAAGCAGCAAACUGGACUUUUGCUGCCAGUGUUCGACAGCGACAGCAGCUACCUUGGCUCUGGGCUCUUCAGCAGGCAGGCGUCUGUGGCGGUCCGCAUGGUCACUCGAGGCAGCAGCAGCAGCAGCAGCAGCGACAGCAGCAGCAGCAGCAGCAGCUUUCCCCAUGAAGGCUCUUUCCGCAAGCUGCUGCGCAGCCGCUUUCUUGCUGCAGUGCAGCGCCGCAGGUUUCUCCAAGAACAGCCGCUGCCACAUGCAAUUGACGGGAGCACUACAUCAAGCAGCAGCAGCAGCAGCAGCAGCAGCAGCAGCAGCAGCACGGCUGUGCAUGAUGUCUGGCGAGCGGUGGACGGGGAGGCUGACGGGAUUCCCGGAGUUGAAGUUGACGUUUAUGGAUCGGCGGCGGUGCUGCGCCUCUCUGCGCAGUCCGUAAUGGAGUUAAAAGAAGAUUUAAUUGAUUUAAUAAAAGAAACAAUUAAUCCGGAGACUCUUUGCAUGCAAACUUUAAAAUCCAAAAAGGAAAAACUGGCGCAGGGAGGGGCAGAAUAUGAAAGUGAGCUGGUCUUGGGAUCGGAUCCCGUGGCCUGGGUGUGGGCCUGCGGUGUCAAGACACCUGUGCACUUACACCUCCCCCCUUUUGCUGCUUGCUGCAGCCACGCGCUGCUGCAGCAGCUGCUGCUGCUGCGCAGACACUGCGCAGGCGCCACAGUGCUGACUGUGAACGGCGCCAUGCGGGGCCUCGGGGUCACCUGCUGCGCCCGCGGGGCGGGGGGCCCCCCUGUGGGAGCCCCCAGCAGCAGCAGCAGCAGGCAGCUGCUUGCAGAGGGGGCAGCCAGCGCGGUGCUGCUGGAGACGUCUGAGGCGCUCAAUGCUCUCAAUGAAAAGGCAGCAGCGGCCAACGGGCUCUCUGGCGCUGUUUCCUGCAUGCACUCCGGAGAUGUACUGAAGGAGUUGUUGGAAAUGCGGGCUUCUGCCCUUCGGUGGGUGGACUUUUAUUGCAAAAUGAAGAAAACUCCGGUGAAAACUCGCAAAAAGUAG